AUGGCCGCGACACCGUUCCGGGUCGAAGCCUGGAUAGAAUACGCCAUCGGCAUCGUCAUUCUCCUCGGGCGGAUUGCCCACAGGGUGCACGUCGUGGGCCGGAACUGGCACGGAGACGACUUCUUCGCCGUCGCCGCCGUCCUCCUCUUGACGGGAGAAACCGCCAUGCUUGAACUGAUAGGACAAUGGGGAUCCAUCGUGGGCUUGACCGACGACCUUGCCCUCUCCCUGACAGGGGCCCAGAAGCAACGCAUCGUCAUGGGCGCCAAGGCCGACAUUGCCGGAUGGUGCCUGUACAUCACGCUCAUAUGGUGCCUGAAGGCGUGCAUGCUCUUCUUCUACCGCCGCCUCACGCUCGAAACUCGGCAGAAGCGCCUCGUCACCGUGGCCGCCGUCGCGUGCGUGUGCUCUUACGUUGCCACGGUCGGCGUCGUCCUGCUCCGGUGCCUGCCGUUCCGCAGAAACUGGCAGGUCUACCCGAUUCCAGGUGCCGGUCCAGACAACUGCGCCAGCCCGAAUCAGAUAUUUCUCACCCUAGUCGUGACGAAUGUGUUCACGGAUCUGCUCCUCCUGUUCAUCCCACUGCCGCUGCUGUGGAUCGUGCGGCUUCCAUGGUCCAAGUACGACUACGACGGCGCUGGCCUUUUGGCCGGUGAAGACACAACACAGGGGGCUGGGCUAAUGACGACCAGGAAACUCGUAUACGGGCUCUGGCUCACGACAGGCAUCUUUGUCAUUGUCGCGAGUCUGCUGCGAUGCGUCCUGUCUUUACAGAAUGCGAGCAAGGUCGAUGUCUCCACGAUAUGGGCCAUCCGCGAGACGUUUGUGGGCAUCAUUUCGGUCAACGCGCCGAUCCUGGGACCGUGGAUCAUCCGGAAGGGCACCGUCAUUGUCCACAGCGUGUCGUCCCGGGACCGGUCCGGGAGCGACCUCGGCCCCAAGGCGCUCUCCGUCGUGACCAUCGGCCGCGCUCAUCGGCCGCACUGCCACGGCGGCAAGUACGGCCCUACGGACUGGACGGCCAUGAGCGCCAGCGAGGAAUACAUGGUGGGCGACGAGGUGCGGCGCCACGGGGGCACCGCGGCCCCGUGGUCGUGGUCGGUCGCCGCGCCGGAGCAGGUCUGGAAGAGGGACCAUGUCAGAGUUUAG